CUAAUUCGCUUUGAAAGCUGUCGUGAGAUUGGAUACCAUUUUAGUUGCCUGUUGGGCAUUCUUUAGUGGAGAUACGUGUCAGCGAAUAUAAAAAAUAUCCUUGAAGGAAUCACUGAACGAUUCUCCAGAAAGUACAUUCUACGCUGUACUCGUUUAAAACUCAGGAGCUUCGGUUUUUAGAGGAACGAAGUAUUCAUUCCUGGAGAAGCUAUCUAUGCCCAGAAGGUGCUAGCAAAGUGUCUUGUAGUGAUGUAACGUAGUAUUAGUUUUGUGCAACAAGUCUAAAAAUUGCAUUGGCUUACAUACUAGUAAGAUGUAAAGCAACACAUACUUAUAAUAUUCUCGGAUGCAAACAAACUCAAUCAUAAAAGUGUGAUUCCCAUAGUGGAAUUAUUGCAUUUUUGCAUAAUAGUUGAUAGCAGGUUUCAGGACUGAUCACAGUUGCAGCAUUUACCUCCGACAAUGGCCUGUCCAUUGCUCAGCUUGGUUGUGUUCUUGUCGAUGGUAGCACUACAGGCGAUAACCUACUGCAAGGCUGCUCUUGUCACUGCCUCCUCGGUACCAGCCAACAAUCGACUACAGAAUGGGGAUCUCUCGUGGCACGUUAAGUACGACCCGGAAACGAUAGAACUACACAUGAACACUAUGACCAAUAUAAGCCUCCGAAUCGAGGGUUUUAGCAAGGAUCAACUAGAGGACUAUGAGAGCAUUCAGCUCAAAAGUGAACGGGAACACGUGGCAACAGUACCCGAUGGGCUCAUCAAAGUUGUAGAAAUUGCAAAUGAUGGAAGCUUUCAAAGUGGAUUCAACAUUUCGGCGAUCUUCUUGGGAUCGACAAAUUUGUUCGUGGAAGUAAAAAAGAAAGAUAACCAGACGGCCCAAUCCAAUGAAAAGCUGCCAGUAACGGUUAUCCGAGAGGAACGAGCCAUCGACCACAUCUUUACCGGAUCAGUUGCAGUCCUGGUGUGCAUACUGUUUAUUAAUUUUGGAGCCGCUAUGGAUCUGCCCACGGUGAAGGCGAUCUUAGCCAGACCAAUAGGCCCAGUCAUUGGAUUCUUUUCGCAAUUUCUGUUUAUGCCUCUGUUGAGUUAUGGUCUAGGAUUGCUACUCUUCCCGGAUAGUUUCGAACUACAGCUUGGUCUGUUUUUCACUGGAGUCUCUCCUGGAGGUGGUGCUUCGAAUAUAUGGACUGUACUUCUUGGAGCAAAUCUGAACCUCUCGUUAGCCAUGACGACUAUUAGCACGUUGGCCGCAUUCGGGAUGAUGCCACUGUGGAUCUUUACCCUCGGUAGGAAAAUUUUCGAUCGUGGCAAUCUAGUGGUACCUUACAGGAAUCUAGCAACGUUUGCCGUUGGACUUAUCAUUCCGAUGGGAAUAGGACUGUUAUCUCAGCGGUACACACCAAGAAUUGCUCGUUUCCUGGUUCGAGUUCUUAAGCCAAUGUCUGCCCUGUUGAUUAUAUUCAUCGUCGUGUUUGCCAUCAUCACCAACCUUUACCUGUUCGAACUAUUCUCCUGGCAAAUUAUCGCCGCUGGUCUUGGUUUGCCUUGGAUAGGCUAUCUGUUUGGGUUCCUCGUAAGCAAGACUGCACGACUUCCCACAUCCGAUGCAUUGGCCAUUGCGGUUGAAACGGGAAUCCAAAACACUGGAAUUGCAAUUUUCUUGCUCAGAUUCUCUUUGCCCCAACCAGCGGCAGAUUUGACUACGGUUGUCCCAGUGUCGACAGCCAUCAUGACACCGAUUCCUUUGUUGAUACUCUACAUAUGGUUGAAAAUACGAGAGAACAAACUUUACCAUCCUUUUCCAGGUGUGCGGUACGCAAGUUUGAGAUAAUGCCGAAAGACCUAACAGAUGAGUCGUUGAAGGAUUAACCCCACUCAAUUCCACUUAUGAUCAAAUGUUUUUAGCCAUAUAUAAAUUGUGUAUUGUAAAGUGUUUUAGAAAAGCAUUAUUGUUGAUAGAUAUUAUACUUGUCAGAUUUUGAA